AUGGGAGAAGGAGAUGGAACAAACUCAUCAGGUGGAACAAAGGGAAAAGACAUAGUCUAUGAUUCGCCGAAGAAAAAUCCGGUGUAUCAUCUUGGAUCAAGUGAUGGUCCUGGAAUUCUAAUUACUCUGAUUGCUUUGAAAGGAACCAAUUAUGAUGAAUGGGCUAGAGCCAUUAGAAGAUCUUUGAUAGCUAAGAGGAAGUUUGGUUUUGUUGAUGGUACCAUUAAACAACCUGAAGACCCUGACCAGUUGGAGGAAUGGAUUGUUUUCCAUUCAAUGGUGGUUUCCUGGAUUAAUAACACACUGGAUUCUUCAAUCAGAUCCACGUUAGGAGAUUAUGACGAUGCGGGUCUUCUAUGGACACACUUGAAGAAGAGAUUUUGUGUUGUCAGCGGCACAAGAAUCCGUCAACUAAAAUCUUAUUUGAGUGAGUGUAAACAAGGGAAGUCUGAGAGUGCUGCUGUCUAUUAUGGAAGAUUAAACAAAAUCUGGGAUGAGCUGGUGACAUAUAUGAAAAUCCCACAAUGUAAGUAUGGUCUUUGUACCUGUAAUAUUUCAACUCCGGUAACUAGCUUGCGAGAAGAAGAUUAUCUCCACUAUUUUUUGAUUGGCCUGAAUGGUAUGUAUAGCUCAUUGCGUGAACAAUUGCUAGCAAGAGAUCCUUUACCAACCAUUGAUGAUGCGUACCAAAAUGUGGUGAACUCUGAUAGAUUAAGAACGGGAGAUGGUAUUCUAUCUAAAGAAGUGCAUGAGAAUGUGAUGGCGUUUAAAAUGGGUCAAAUCAUUGGCUACCCUGAAUGGUGGGUUGAAAGAUCUCGUGGUGGUAGAGGAUCUGGUAGAGGCGGCAGAGCUGGUGGUAGAGGCCGGGGUAAUUAUGUUUCUGACAGAGGUGGAAGAGGAUAUGGCAACACCAAUAUGGUGCGUGCAAAUAAUUUGAAUGUACCAGCAGCACGGCAAUAUAGUGGUACUACAUCUGCAGAUGGAGCUAGCUUGGUUGGCGUAACAGCGGCUCAGCUUCAACAAAUGAUCGAUAAGUUAGCUUGUGUUGUGCAAUGUACUAACAGUUUAUGUCUUAUACAAGACCGGUUGACAAGGAAGGUGAUUGGAGUGGGUGAGAGACAAGGUGGACUAUAUCUCUUUCGUGGUGUACCUUCAGUUAAAGUGCUUGCAGUUCGUGGAGAUUCGUAUGAGUUAUGGCAUCAAAGAAUGGGACAUCCGGCAGAGAAAUUUGACAAGGAAAUCAAAAAUGUUAGGAGUGAUAAUGGAACAGAAUUUAAUACUUUGCGUGGUUAUUUUAAGACCAAUGCAAUAAUAUUUGAGACGUCUUGUAUUGGUACACCCCAACAAAAUGGGAGAGUUGAGAGAAAACAUCAACAUAUAAUGAAUGUUGCAAGAGCUGUGAGAUUCCAAGCUAAUUUACCAAUACAGUUUUCGGGGGAGUGUGCAUUGACUGCAGCAUACUUAAUUAACCGAACACCAACACCUUUGCUCAAUAAUAAGAGUCCAUAUGAAAUAAUGCUUGUAAAGGAGAUAAGUUUGCAAGUCGAAGAAGAAGGUGUUUAUUUCUUGUUACCCAUUAAAAAGUCAUAUAAUAUUGCUCCAUCAAGCAUUGAAACAUGUUGGAGUGAUGAUGAGGAUAGAGAAGAAGUACAGUCGCCUGGAGAAGUCAUUGAAACUCGACAGCCUGAGAUGCAGCAACAACAAAGAAGUGAUGAUACACAUCUUGGUAUUGAAUGUGUAACAGAAGAAUUGCAAGGAAGUGUUCAAGAACAACCUGAGGAGACUGAACAGGAUGCUUCAUCCAAUGACACUUCGGUGGAAGUUGCGGUAGAUAAUAACAUCAGUGAGAUGGGUAAAGGAAAACGUCAGAAAAUUCCUUCUAGCAGACUCAAGGGAUCUGUGACGCAUACAAUACGUGAAAAUAGUCCACCUUCCACUCAACCUACACAAUCAUCAUCCUUAGGUACACCUUAUCCUUUGACAUAUUAUGUUAGUUGUGAUCGUUUUUCUGUUGUGCAUAGAAAAUAUCUUGCAGCUCUAACGACGGCAAAUGAGCCCAAAAGAUUCAAAGAAUCUAUGAAGCAUCCAGGAUUGGAAAAAUCUAUGGCUGAAGAAAUAAAAUCUCUAGAGGAACAAGGAACAUGGGAAUUGGAGGAAUUACCACCUGGUAAGAAGGCAUUAGGAAGCAAAUACAUUUAUAUAGAGAAGCGUGAUGAAAAUGGGAAUUUGAUACGUCUAAAGGCAAGAUUGGUGAUAUUUGGGAAUCAUCAAGUUGAAGGAUUGGAUUAA